AUGAAGCCCCUCAUCACAGUCCUUGGGGCCACGGGAACUGGAAAGUCCAAGUUGGCAGUUGACUUGGCUGUUCGCUUCGAUGGGGAAAUCAUCAAUGGAGAUGCCAUGCAGAUGUAUAAAGGCCUGCCCAUAACAACUAAUCAAAUACCGGUCGAGGAACGGGAUGGAAUCCCACAUCAUUUGAUCGCAUGUAUAGAUAUAGACCAGGAGCCGUGGAGGGUUAGCCAGUUCCAAAAAAGUUGUCUUGAACUUAUUGAAGAGAUAAGAUCAAGGGGAAAACUGCCAAUACUUGUUGGCGGCACGCAUUACUAUACCCAGUCUGUCCUGUUCCACGAACAACUCGUGGAUAGAAGGAAGGAUGAAGAUGAGAUUACCAAUCAAGAGUUUGAUGAAAUUGCAGAGGGCGAAAAGUGGCCCAUCUUGAAUGCCCCAGCGGAAGAAAUGCUCCAGAAACUACGGGAGGUUGAUCCUGUGAUGGCGGCGCGCUGGCAUCCGAACGAGAGAAGAAAGAUUCGACGUUCUCUACAGAUAUAUUUGCAUACUGGAAAACCAGCAUCAGAGAUAUAUAAGCAACAAAAAAUGCGGCUAAAAAGCCUCUUAGCAUCCACUAACGCACAACAGCAUCGUGCCAGUGGCGAUGUGUGUGAAGAUGGGGAAACCGGGCAUUUGAGAUUUCCGACACUGCUCUUCUGGGUUCAUAGUGAUAGAGACAUCCUUCAUCAAAGGCUAGAUGAUCGAGUGGAUGCUAUGAUCGACCAAGGCUUAUUAAGCGAGGCGAAACAUAUGUUUAAUUACCUUAAGGAAAAAGAGUCUGAAGGUGUUCAUAUCGAUAGGACCAGGGGCGUUUGGGUUUCUAUCGGAUUCAAAGAAUUGGAUCCUUAUAUCAGUGCUCUCUCUUCCGGCCAGAUGUCGCCCGAGGAACUCCAGGGGCUGAAAAAAGAACGCGUUGAAUUCGUCAAAUCAGCCACCAGACAAUAUUCCCGUAGCCAGAUCAAAUGGAUCCAAGGCAGACUGUGGAAGUCGCUGGAAUCAGCUAACGCUACUGACCGUUUGUAUAUUCUCGAUUCGACAAACGUGGAUGAUUGGAAAAGGGCAGUUCGUUUACCUGCUGAAAAGGUCGCCGAAGCUUUCAUCUCUGGUAACCCUCGGCCGCACCCAAAUGAGAUAUCGGAGAUCGCAAGAAAGGUGUUUGAACUUAAGAAACGAGAGGCCCAAUCUUCUAGCGAUGAUAUGGAAAUCAAACGCAAGACCUGUGAUGUCUGCAAUGCAGCGGCUAUGACUGAAAGGCAGUGGGAGAUCCAUAUGGCAGGAAGACGGCAUAAGAAUGCAGUCAAGGCUGCGGAAAAGAGAGCGCAACGGGAGGAGUACUUUAAGCGCAUACGAGGAGCUUCAGAGGGAUGA